CUUACAAAAAUGGCUGCGAUGUUAAUCAGUUUUGGUAGUUGAUUUUAAAAUCCUGGUUUCGACUGAGCUUUUUUUUUUAAUGAAGAUGCUAUUAUUUAUGUUAUAUUAUAUACGUUAUUGGUUAUCUGUUAAGAAAUAAUGACACUUAACUCUACUACUUCCUACAAAGUAGCGCCCUAAGUAAGUAAGUCACAAACUCUCACUCGGCAGUACUGAGACCGAGCAUUCAGUAUCAGUAGUCAAUAGUCAGUAAUAAAUAGAAAAUAAUUAAUGGUUAGAUUUAUGGGUACUCUACUCAUUCUUCACCUCAAUCAUAUUAUUCAUUUAAAUUUAACAUUAUCAAACUUUCAGUUCACUUAUUCUUAACUCACUGUCAAAGUGAUUGUAAAGUCAAAUUGGUAAUUAAUUAAGAUUAUGAUUAAGACUUGACUUAAUAAUUAUUUAGGACUGAAUAUAAUUCUAAUCUAGUAAUUAGUAAUAGUAACUAAUCUAGUUGUUUAAACUGACUGGAGGCAUAGUAUUGUAAUAGUCUAUAGUAGUAUUCCGAUUUAGUAUAGCAAUAGCAUAGGGCUAGGGCUAAGGAACUUUGCGAUUUGUCAAUGUUAUAGUUAUAAACUUAUAGGGGACCUCUCGCCCUUCACACCUUCACUGGACUAAUUUAUAAUCAUACAUAUAUACUCAUAUAGGCUAGGCACUUCGAUGAGAUCCGGAAAUCCCUAAAACCGGGUAUCGGGAUUUCGUUAUCAAAAUGGCGACUUCCACUUUUUAAUUUAUCGGGAGCCUCGUUUACGAUUUUUUUGUUAAUUAUAUAUAAUGAUUAUUUUACUCAUUCAUAUUUUUUUUCUGGAAAGGGUGUCUUUCUUAAAUGAAAAGACAACGGUAGAUAAUAGCAUAAAUUAAAACAUAUAAAAAAUUCAAGGGGUUAGGACCCAGUUCAAUGGUCAAAAAAUGCCUACCAAAUUUUUGUCACGUGUGUCCCAAAAUGACCUAUUAUCGAUAACGAUUUUUUUUUUUUUAUUAAAAAACUUGAUUUACACUGGAAACCCAGCUUCUUACUCCAUAAUGGCUCAUUCAAAAACAAAAAAAAAAUAAUUUAAUAACACAGAUACCUAUUUUAACAAGAUAAAUAUAUAUUUUUAACUUGUUUUGAUGCUUUUAUUGAGGGGUAUUGACAUGGGGAGUAGGUUAAACUGAAUUUAUUAUUAUUAGCCUUAUUAUUAUGAUAAUUAAUAUAUUAAAUAUAACAGGUUAUGUGUUUAUAUUAUAUUUAUAUAUAGGCCUACAGACUUAGAAAAUAUAGUAUCUUAAGCAUAGGUUAGCCCCACCCCAACUCAUUUUUUUUUGGGACACAUUAUUUGUUAAAUAUGUAAUGAUAUUUUAAUGAAUAUUAUAAUGAAUAUUAUAAUGAUUCUUUAUGCAUAGAUUAAGCAAAAAUUUUAAAAAUAAUAGUCAUUUACCUUUUAAAUUGAAAUAUCCUAUAUUUAAUCACAUAUCACAAUAUUUCACAAGAGUUUUAUUACAUAAUCCUUGGUAUUCUCAAAGAAAAAACACACUUUCUGCCACAAUUAUUUAAGAAUUACCUAAGAUUUACUAAAGAACAACCAUAAAAACUUAUACUUACCUCAAGCAAAUGACUAGAACUUAUUUAAGUUUGUAUCAACCACCAAAGUUGAUUCUAUCAAUGCAUUUUUUGGUCAUAUUCAGACAUUCAUAAGAUAUGGGACUAAAAUACAUAUAUAGAAAAUGGUAAAAUAAAAAGUGUAAUCGUAAAUUUUAACUAAAUGAAACAAAUACGCAUUUAUUAUUAGUUUAUACUUAUAAAUGUCAAACAAUUCCACAGAAAAUUUGAAAUUAAUAUCUAAAGAAUAUUAUUAUUAUUAUGAUUUUAGGGAAAUUAAAAAAAAUAUAUAUUAAAACAAAAUUAAUUAAUUAAAUUUCAAAUAAGUGAUGAGUCAGCAUAUUUUAUACAUUUUUUUAAAAGGGGAAAAUCAAGAUUUUUUUUUUUUUUAAAUUUGUGGAAUAUUAACAAAAAAUAACUUCUAUUUUGUGGCUUUAUUUAGAAGUACUAUUAUUUAACUAUGUUCCCUGUAAAUAUUAUAUUUUGCCUCAUUUUACAAUAAAGUUAUGGGCAAAAUUAGGGUCACGAAAUGUGGAGGCGGAUAAAAUGAAUACAUUUAAGUCACCAAUUAUAGGCGGCUAUUAGGCUGGUAGCUGGACACUUUCUCACGAAUAGUAUUAUAUUUUUAAUUUGGGACCGUCAUUCUGAGGAAUGCCAACAAUAUAAAUAUAGGUCUACUAAAGAGACUCAAUUAAAUAGUUUAACACUCUAAGUAUAAUAAUAAUGAAUAAUGUAAAAUAAAUCAAACUAUAAGACUUAGUCAGACUCAGAGUAAGAGUCAGAAAGAAAAAAGAAGAAUCAGGUCAGUUACUGAGACAAAGUUUUUUUUAAGUAGCUUCACUUUUACCUUCACUUCAAUUUGCCUAGGUUAUGCCUAUCAUAAUCAUACAUCUAGGCCUAAUACAAAUAGUUCAUUGGAAAUCUCUCAAGACUCAAGUCUCAUAAUAUUUUAGCAUCUCUCUUUGUUCAUUUUACUGUUCCAAUCAUGUCUUUUGGUAGACAUACUGAUUAUUUUAUUCAGUUAAAAUUACCCUAUUAUUAUUAAUGAAAAUUAUUGUACUUUAGGUGUUACCCUAGAAAUUCCAUUUAAUUGUACUUAAUCAUAAUGUAGCAAUAAUUUAAGGCUUAUAAUUUUGGUGGUGGUGGGGGAUAUAAAGCUCAGUAACCAUUUAUUACUACUACCGGUACUAUAAAUUAUAGAUUAACAUUGAUUCAGUCAGAUAUAUAUUUAAGUCUGGUGUAUAGCCUUAAUCUAAGAUCUUAGGUAGUCGUCACAGUUACUGUAUUAUAUUGGCUUAUACUUUAGGACUAUAUAUUAUUUAUUUUUAUUAUAUGAUAAAAUAAAAGUCAGUAAUUUUUUGUUUUUUCCAUUUAAUGAAUAAGCUUGUUAAUGUGUACUUUAUUAGUCAUGCUUAAUCUAUUUGAGUUUGUAUCUUUUUUUUUUCUGUUAUUCCCACUAUGGGAAUGCAUAAGACAUGGACUCUAUACACAUAGUCAGGGCUUUUUUUUUCAUAGAACACACUCGAACUGCUUACUGGCACCUUUUUUCAAGAUUUUCCAACUAACUUUUGACAAUUUUAUGUUUGGUCCAUGUACGCUUUAAUCGUCCUGUCCAUGUAGCAGGUCAGGUAAAAAUUAUGGAAACGAUGCAUACAAGCUGCUUCGUGGAAGGGUAGCAGCAAAAAGCUUGUCAGGCCUCGGGUGGCACUAACACUAGCUACACCAUUGCGUUUGAAUGGUUAAUAAAAAUCGGUAAAGUGGGGAAAAAAAUACAAAUUACUUCUCAACCACUUGUCCUGCUAAUAAAAAGGUCAGAAUAUAAACAGACACAGCGACAUAACUCCUGAAAAUGACAACGCCUGUUGAUAUAUCCUAAACUGAUCUUGAGAAGCAAAGCCAAACUGCAAAUUUUAAUGACCUACGAUAAAAAAUAUUUUUUAAACUGUUUUUAAUCAUAGUGUCAGGGGCAAAAAAAAAUAUUUUUUUUUUUAAAUAACGGGACCAACCAUAAAAAACAUCAUGCUAUUUAGGACGAUUUUGGACUCCUCCUUCCCUAUCGUCGCAAAUUUGUCAUUUGGCACCCCCAUAAUAGUUAGUUAUAAAAUUAUUUAUAAAAAUCAUGCCCACCACUCCUAAAACGUUAAGUCAUUAUGGUUGUUGAUCCCUAAAAUAUUAACAAGAUGUGAGUAUCUGCAUUUUUUUUUGGUACAAAAAAGCACUGUAUAUUUAAAUUAAGUAAUGUAAUUGUUAACCCAUUCGCUACUAUUGCGACCAAAUGCUUCACGCUUUGCAAUGUAGACAUGACAGGCGAUAUCAAUUGUAAAAGUAAUUGAUUCUUUUGUAAGGUCACUGGAAAUGUUAAUUUCAAAAAUGAAAAAUUGUAAAGAGGAAUGUAAAGAGUUCAGUUCUGUGAAACACCUGAGCGGUUAUAAUUUACUUUCAUUUUUGUUUUGUUUUCAGGUAGUGAGUUUUGUCGGCUGUCGGUCACCUGUUGAUACACAAAAAUGUGCCAAUGCAGCAAAUAUAAAUGUGGUGCGACUUUGUUUGUCAGAACCUUCCAUACAUUUGUUGUCAUCGGAGUGCCAGCAACCUUAUUGUUUAAGGAAUCCAGUAAGCUUUGAACUUGUCGCAUGUGGUUGAAUAACACCAGAAAUUAUGUUCAUUUAAAAAUAGUUAUUAUCAAUUACUUAAAUGAUGUUGAAGUUUGGGAUAUUAAAAACUGGGUCAUGAAGAUUACAAAAUAUCACAGAACAGAAAUAACUUUUUUAGGAAAUAUAUUUAACUAAUUAUAAUGAAGGACGUUACUCUGUAUGCAACUGUAAUGUAAGGAGUUCCUGUCUAUAGUAAUAGUAUUUUUUGGUACUUAUUUGUUUAAAACCUUCCCAGAAAAAUUGUAUUGAAGCACAUUUCAUUUUUGUUAACAGUUUUACACCACAGUCUGAUCGACGGAGAGCAUGUGGCUAUGGGCGUCAUCUAUAUUCUCAUGGUGCUGUGGUCACUUGCCAUGUACUUCUUGACCUGCUUCACCAACCCGGGAUACAUCACAGUCACCAAGUAUAACAAAGCAUCAAUGGUAGGUUUCAGUGAUAGGUUUCAGUGGUAUGUUUGAGUGGUAGGUUUCAGUGGUAGGUUUCAGAGGUAGGUUUCAGAAGAAGGUUUCAGUGGUAUGUUUCAGUGGUAUGUUUCAGUUGUAUGGUUCAGUGGCAGGUUUCAGUGGUAGGUUGCCGAGGUAGGUUUAAGAGGUAGGUUUCAGUGGUAGGUUGCCGAGGUAGGUUUCAGAGGUAGGUUUCAGUGGUAGGUUUCAGGGGUAGGUUUCAGAAGUAGGUUUCAGUGGUAGGUUUCAGAAGAGGUUUCAGUGCCUGGUAAGUUUCAGAAGAGGUUUCAGUGGUAGUUUUCAGAAGUAGGUUUCAGUGGUAGGUUUCAGAGGUAGGUUUCAGAAGAAGUUUUCAGUGGUAUGUUUCAGUCGUAUGUUUCAGUGGUGGGUUUCAGUGGUAGGUUUCAGAGGUACCUGUAGGUGUCAGCGACAGCUCACAGUAUUACACUUGUUUGUCAGUUUCUCUGACAGCCUUGUCACCUGAAUUUACUUAGAUACAGGUUGAUGGGGAAUAACUAAUAUUUUUAAAAAGGUAUAAAAAUCAUGAUUUAUUCAACAGUUUUAAUGCUUUUGUUUCCACACGGUCCCCAGGAAUUUAUUCCAAAAGUUUUUAAAUGCUCCACCUCCUUGCACUCGGCACAUCGUGGAUCACAUUUUUAAAAAAUAUUAUUUUUUCUAAAAAGAAAAUAUGUCGUGCAAUGUUUUAACUGGUAAUAAGAGUGGAAACCACAAUUUUAGUAAAACUUCUUUGCCAAGAUUUCAUUACAUAUGGACACAUGGAAUUGAAAAAAAUCCCUUUUUCACUUUAAAUUUAUGAUUUUAGAACAUUGUUGGUAGUUUGUUAAAUUUUAUUUUAAAGAGUGCAGCUAAAUUUCUCGUACACGCUGUUGACCAAAUUGUAGUGGAACCGCGCAAGAUGGGCAGAAUAUUGCUUAUGAGAUUCAUUUUUAUGACAUAUUGCGUUAGAUUUGAUCAGAUGGAAAAGUAAAACUGAAAUCAAUGUCCCCCUUUCUUCUUUUCAAAUGAAAAUGAUCUGUCCUCGCACAGCUUCAGCUGCAGACGAAGCAGACUGUCAACAGUGAUGAUGACUUUGACAUCAACGAUGAGAGCGUCGAGGCAGCACGGAACAACAAUGACGACAACGUGGAUGACGGCAAUGAAGAGGUUGGCCACAUGCUGUCAACAGAAUGUAAACCAGGGAUGAAGUACCGAGUGUGUGACUACUGUGAAAUAAUGGUAUGAAGUACCGAGUGUGUCACUACUGUGAAAUGAUGGUAUGAAGUACAGUGUGUGCAACUACUGUGAAAUGAUGGUAUGAAGUACUGUGUGUUUGACUACUGUGAAAUAAUAGUGUGUUAUCAUAGGUUGUUGUUCCCUAUUACUUUACAAUUCUUAGUUUAAAUGAAUGAGUCUGGUUUAAAGGACUAUUAAAGAAAAGAAACCAUAGUUUUAGGCCAUUGAAAGAAAAAUAACACCAUGGACUACACAAAAUAGAUAUCUUCCAAACCAAAAUUACAUUAGUUCAAUGUCUAUGAACUAUAUGUUUUAAAAUAUCAAAUACAUGUUUAAUGUCUAUGAACGAUAUGUUUUAAAAUAUCAACUAUAUGUUUAAAUGUCUGUGAACUAUAUAUUUUAAAAUAUCAACUAUAUGUUUACAGUCUGUGAGCUAUAUGUUUUAAAAUAUCAAAUAUAUGUUUAAGUUUAAUGUCCAUCAAUAUAUAUAUAUAGUUUGUCCAUCAAAAUCAACCAUGACUAUUUAAAUCAUCGUAUUCGUGCUGGCUCUGAAUUUAAGUGUGUGUGGGUAGAUGGCUGAUGAGACCCAACCUGGCAGGAAAUAUUCUUGUGCAAUAAGGGCAGGGGAUUGACGGACAUCUCCAGGUGCCGAGUUAGCUAGGGCUUUCUUUUCUGGCAUGUCUGUUUGGCUGUGCAGCUGCUGUUCUGUUGGCUUCGUGUUGCGUAUGUGUAAUGAGGAAGGCCACGAUUCUCCAUCCUUUGCCGACCGUUCCCAUGUGUCUGGGUCAAUGUGAAACGCUUCCAAAGACGCUUUCAGUGUGUCUUCAAAACAUUUCUUCUGUCCCCCAGCAAGCCGCUGACAUUCUCACAUCAAAAUGUUAAAGAUGCUGGGGGUACCUGCCUGUGCCGUUACCAUAGUGUCUAGGACGCUGUGCUGCCGUUUGACGUUGAGGAUUUUUCUGAGGCUUUUCAUAUGAAAGUGGUUCAAAUUUCUUGAAUGGUGUUGAUAGUAAUGAUAGUCCAUCAACUAUAUGUCUAAUGUCUAUCAACUAUAUGUUUAAUAUUUAUAUAUGUUUAAUGUAUAAUGUUUAAUGUCUGUCAACUAUAUGGUUAAAAUCUAUCAACUUCCUUUAACAUAAUUCUAAAAUUUCUGGGCUAAAAAAAGACCUUACAUUAAUGGACAAUGUUUUAUCAGAUGGGUUAACAAUAUCUUCAAAUUAAAGUCAUUCAGUCAGUCAGUCAGUCUGGCUGUCUGUCACUCAGUUUAUCAUUAUCAUGCUUCCCUAAAUGUAAACACCACAGACUUCCACUUUGUUCCAGCAACCAAUGAGAACCAAGCACUGUGAGGACUGUAACAAGUGUGUCAGGAAGUUUGACCACCACUGCCCGUGGCUGGAGGCUUGUAUCGGGGAGAGGAACCACAGAUUUUUCUGGCUUUUUCUGCUGUCCACCUUUGCCCUUAUCGCCAGCACUUUCUACAUAACCUGGUAAGAUGUUAACAAUGAAAUUUUUCCACUGAUACUAGAAAUAAGAUUCACUCUUGUUUAAAAUCUAUCAGGGCCGUGUUCUAGAAGUUCUUUUUAUUUUUAAACUCAUUCCAACAGUUGCGACUAAAUGCAAAUCCUUGAGGGUACAGAUGGAUUCACUGAAAAUAAAUGCAUCCUGUCGAGUAGAGACACACCUCUCUCGCUUUUAUUUUAAAAUAGCAAUGUAAUCUCGAUACACUCGUGUUUGAAGUUUUUAUCUUCACUUUCAUCUAUGUGUGCUUUAGUCCAGUGCGUCUAUAUCUAGCAUGAGUUUAUCCGAGGUGACAAAAAUCAAUUAUUUGGUCAUUGCCUGUUAUUUGUUCACCAUUAAUGUUAUAAUUUUAUUAAACCUUGUUCAUUUCUGGAUGCAUUUAACCAUAAUUCAUUAAAAUUAAUUAAUAUUUAGCAGCUUUAAAAAAAUAUUUUACAAAUGUAAAUCAAUGGCAAAAGGGAGUUAUUUCUCUUUGUUCGGGAAUAUAAAUUAAGCAAGGAAGUAGCGCUGUCGUCUGGAAUGAGUUAAAAAUCUCAUUUUAAAACAAACGAAAUGGCUGACUUCCCUUAGAGCAGCUAAAAUCAGAAAAUUCACAAAAAUAAUCAUCAGAAAAUUAAAUCAGAGUAUUGAUAGAAGUUGCCAAUAAGUAUUCUUUGUUGUUUUUUCCCAGUGUACACUUUUUGUUUCUCUCGUCUCAACACUUUUUGUUUCUCUCGUCUCACAGGAAUGCGUUUCAGUUCCGAAUGUCCUGGUCGGACUGGCUAGAAACCAAUGCCAUUUUGUUCAUUGAUGUUGUCAUCUUGUUCAUUGGUGGAAUGGUCGUGUUAGGACUUCUGGGAUUUCACAGUUAUCUUAUGUUUAAGGUAACGUUCACCUUCAAUAUGGACAUAUAUAUAUUUGAGGAAAGAAUUGUAGGCUGACAUUAGACUUUAAUAUGGAUACGGAGUAGACGAUCAACUGUAGGCCAACGUUAGAUAUUUUAUCACAAACUGCAUUUUAAAAAGACUAAUUGAUUUUUCGCUAAUCAUUCUUUGCCAGGGUCUCACAACCUGGGAGGCUGCAUCUAGAGAGAGAAUAACUUACCUGAAAUACCUCGAUGAGGACUACAAUCCUUUCAAUGAGGGCCUGUGUAGGAACCUGUAUCAAUUCCUCUUUGCCUGCCAUCUACGCAAGUGGGAGAAAGUGUACGCCCGCAAGGCAAAGGGUGCCAACGGAAUCGUAUAAAAACACUGGAUCGGAUUAUAUUUCUGUUUCAAAAAAAAAAAAUUAUGUUACCCUCUGAAGAGGCUAAAGUGGUUGUGUUACUUGUAACAUUGUGGAUGUCUUAGAAAUGCAUAUCAGCUGAGGCCAGUUCUCUUCAGCAUCAUCAGUGUUGCUAUACAAUAGAAGAACAAGACAUAUUAAGUGGAAUUAAUUUGGUAAGGUGCCGGUACUGUACCUCUAAAUCUUAAAAAAUUCCAAACUCUACUAUCAAUCCUUGGCCAGCGUGUUACCACAAAUAAUAAUUCUCUAGGUAUGUCUGUAUGGCUGUAAUGCUGUGUUCAAAAGGCGCGCAAAAUAAAAUUCCCAGAAGUUAGCACUAAAAGGUAUUCUUAUAAAGUGUGUUACCGGUAAUUCAAUGCAUGUUUUGUAGUAACUUUUCAUAGAUGGGAAGUUAAUGCAUGGCCGCCGCCAUUGUUUAAGGGGUUAUUUCUAUUAAUUAUAUAUGUAGAUCCUGCUGGCUUCCAGGUACUUCAUUAAUACAAACACCAGUACCACUCAGCAUGACCCCACAUAGUUGUGACUAUCUAUGUUGUACCAGUACUAGUUAAAUGACAGCCAGAGCUGUGACUAUGUUGUACCAGUACUACUCAACAUGACCCCCACAGAGUUGUGACUAUGUUGUACCAGUACUACUCAGAAUAACCCCCCACAGAGUUGUGACUCUGUUUUAGUACUAGUUAAAUAAUACCACAGUGUAGUGACAAACUUGAACCAGUACCACUGCAUGACCCCACAGAGUCCCGACAGUACCACUGCAUGACCCCACAGAGUCCCGACAGUACCACUGCAUGACCCCACAGAGUCCCGACAGUACCACUGCAUGACCCCACAGAGUCCCUACAGUACCACUGCAUGACCCCACAGAGUCCCAACAGUACCACUGCAUGACCCUACAGAGUCCCGACUAUGGUUGACAUCUCAUGAAUUUGGUUUAUGAAUUAAAUGGACAAGUAUGAGUUAAACCUAACAUUGCCGGUAAAGUUGUUGCCAGAGAAAUGCAACCUUAAUGCAUGCUACUGACCUGUUUAUCAAUUCUGCAAAUACAUUUUUUUUUUUAAAUGCCAGUGAUUGAUUUACACAGAAUUUCUUAUUAUGAUGCAAAUGUUAUAAAUGAAAUAGUUUAUUUCAAUUCUAAACUAAUACUUCAAAUAUUGUUUAAUACUUUUGGAUGUAAUAAUAAAUUGGUCAAAAUACCAUCAUUAAAGCUAUAAUGUUAAGAGCAGAUGAUGGAUGUAACAAUAGGUUUUUGUAACUUUAAUGUACUUUGUUUUUUGUUGUUUUUUUUCUGGGAGGUCAUCAAACUAUUUGCGUAAAAUGGAAAACAACUCAAUGAAAGAGAGCAGUUUAUUUUAUUUUUUUUAUAUUUAUUUUGGUUCAUUCAAUUUUUAUCAAAGUAUUAAAAGUUCAGAAUAAUUACCUUAAAAUCUGCAUUCAACAACCCUGCAUUGAGUUAGGGACAUAUGCUUCAAAUAUUUUCACUACACUGAAUCUUUAAACUAAAUUAUGUUAAACUAUGUGUGUUCAUGUCAGAAUUUAUUUUUUUUUUUAAAUUGUUUUUACAUUCACUCAGUUAAUUUUUUUUUUUUUUUAAAAAUUAAUUGAAACAAAUUACUGAACAGGUAUCACUGACAAAUGUUUUGAAAGCUGGUUAAUAUUGUUUGUCCAUGUAUUUUUUGUAAUGGAAUUGACUUUAAAAGCACAGAAACUGAAGUGCGUGUAGAAUUGGAUGACCGCUUUUGGUCGCAGUCUUUGGUGUUUUGCAUAUUUUGGUCGUGGACAAUUGCUCAGGUAUCCCAAAGUUAUUAAUUUUUAAAUGCAGAUGUUGCAUGUCAUGUUGAUGAAAGAUUGUAAAUAAUAAAAAAAUCUUUGUGCAGGCUAUGAAUUUUAAUAGCAGAUAUCUUACAUUUAUGGAAACAAUAAGAUUCAGUCACUGACUGACGAAUUUAUGUGUUAAUAUGCCAUACCAUGUAACUAGCAUGUGUACAGUUUCGUUACUUUUUGUUUUGUGUAUUGUAAAAAAAAAAUUUUUUUUUUAAAGGGCGGAGUGCACUUUUUAUGUUAAAGAAAAUCUUAACCUUAAUUUUUUCCCCCCUAAUACAUUAAUACAUGGUCACGUGUCAAGAAAUCAAGGGCUCGCCAAAGAAAUGAUGCAGCGCACAACGAAAGGAGAGAAAAGAAGAGGAAGAUAACUUAAAAGAGUGGACGGGACUAGAACUAGGCGAUGCUGUGCGAAGUGGAGAGGAAUGGCGAAGGAUAGUUUUCAUGUCAUCUGUGGCGCCCCAACGGUCCAAGGGACAUGAUGAUGAUGAAAGUUACUAAUAACAAUUUUUUUCAUCUACAACAGGUGAUAACAUUGUCCCUCUUUCACUGUUUAGAAAAUAUUUCACUUGUCCCGUUUGACUUUGGUUUGUUUUGUUUUUUUUUUUGGUGUUUUUUUAUUUGUUGUUGGGGAAACUUAAACUGCCUAAAAUAUUAAGUUGGGAGUUAAUGCUCUGAUGGUUUGCUUCAAUGUAUAUUUUAAUCGCAGUUAAACCCAACAGGUUGGUACAAAUUGAUGUAAUUAAAUUUAAAUGUUGCCGCUGGUAUUCUUAAACUGACUUAUGUUUACAUUUUUUUGUUUUUUAAUAUGUUACAUCUAACUGUACAACUUCUGUUAUAUAUUUUUUAUAUUUUUUGUCUGAAGUUUUUUUUUCUCUAACAAGGUUUUUUAAAAAUGUAUUUAGUUAUUUGCUGUCAACUCGUGAACAUUAAUUAGGUGACACGGCCAUGUGAUAAAAUAAGUUUGUUUAGAGAGUACAAAUUCAUUGCUUCCAAACAUGCUGAAAAUUCACAGCAUAAUUUUGUAGAUCUUAAAACGAUCUUUCAUUUUGUUCCAUAAUAAUUCUGAUACAUUAUCUUUUUCUGAGUUCAGUUGAAUUUUUUCAUUUUUAGAUUUGAUCAAAACUUAGAUUCACCUUAGUCCUCAACAAGAUACUGAUUGUUAUUUGUACUGUAGCCAGCCAGACUCUGAACAUUGGUUGUUCUCAUGUGCCGGUGAUUUGAAGAAACAAUUUUCCAAUAUUCCUAAUUAUUUUUGUAACUUAUUAUCCAAAUGACUUGUAAACCAAUGUUGUUAUUGAUAUGCUACAUGUGCAAUAAAGAGUCUAACUAAGUAUACC